UAGGUCCGAGGCAUAAAGUACCGAGUACACGGACAUUAAUCUCAGCCAGCCCCUGCGCAUCGCAACAGAGCUGGCCUAAAAAAGCCUGACAGCUCCUGAGCAUCAUUCCUUUGUUUUGCCGUCUCUGCUGAACAAUCGAAACCUCUCUUUACUGUCCGCCGUCGCAAAAUCUUCCUCUAUAGCUCUCCAUCAUGUCUGUAUUGUUUUGGGACGCCUCUGGCCCGCUGGCGUACCUGUCAUUUCCUGGCUCUGCUUUUCUGGUUAAUGCCAUCUCCUGGAUUAGUCUGGUCUUGGGCCUCUUUUUCAGUUUACCGUUUGUUCUCUUUGUCGUCUACGAUAUCUUACUAUGGAUUUGGAGAACGUAUCGAAAUUUUUCAAACCAGCCGCAAAACGCGCAGAUCCCCGUUACAGCCGGCACGAUAUCUACAAAGGCUACAGCAAUAAGCUCCGAACAUCACGAUCAGCGAGCGAGACGAAGAUAAGCGACUCUAAUUUGAAACGAUUCAACGUUUAUGGUUCAUCG